CGGUCUGGAUUCUGAACUUGGUCAAGUGAACUUGUGCGGCGUGCACAAUGCACAUGCCAGCGCCAAGUUACACCUCACACACGGUUCUCAAAUCGCCGUGUCCAUUGCCCAGCGCUAUUUUCUCUUACCCAGUUUCGAGAAGAGGUCCCAUCAUUGCCUCUGAACCGUCCGCGUCAUCCCAACCAUGUCCAUGAGGGGCUCACCAUACGCUACACUUUUCUUUUCCUGUUUUUUCUUUGUAUCUGUAGAAAGUCUAGCCCACGAUACAGCCAUGCUCAGCAGACGAGCAGUCCCGGAAAUAGGCGGUUCACAAGGAGGUUUCAUCGGGCUCGUCGUCACUUUGAGCGUGCUCAUUCUCAUCUGCUGUAUUGCAGUCUUCUUCCUCCUUCGUAACCAUGAACCGUCCGAACAAGAUCGCACUGCCCGCCGUGAGCGCUACCGCCGUAAUCGCGACCACCAAGAACACGAUUCAACAACUGCCACGCAAGGACACAGCUCCUUUGGAGACAAGCUUCGCGGGAUGUGGGCAGAUAGACACAGUAGUGGGAACAGGAGCGGUGGACGACGAGAUCACGGCGAAGAACAUGGGGUGCAGCAGCCCAUGCAGCCCUUCUCCAGGUCUUUUCAAGAGGGACCUUACGGCCCCCAGGUCCCAGAAAUGGACUCACCGCUGUCAGAUACGGAGUCGUAUGCACCGAUGCAAUAUGGGGAUCCGUAUGCAAAGGGCCCAUUGCAUGUGACAUCACCACAACGGGUGACUUUUGCACGGUCGCAGUCUCCGUUCUCGCAGUCUAGCUCGCCUAGGUCCCCUGGAUCGCAUCGAGAUGCAAGUGUGGAUGACGAAGAGGUGCGCCCGCCCGAUCACCGUCAUUUCUCUACACAAUCAUCAACAUCAGUACGGACUUUUGAGGGAGGUACAAAAUUUAUCGAGUCGUUCUAGAAGCUUGUGAUAGUUAUGUUUUGCCUUUACGCAUACAUGUGUCAUCGUCUUUCGUCUUUUUACUCUCAUGGCUCACGUCUACUUGUCACGCAUAUUGUAUCAUUCGGACGCUCAUCCGUGCGGUUGUUCCCUUGCAAUGUAUCUUUAGUGAUACUCCUGCUGCUUCCCUGCUAAAUGCAUAUUAAUCUUGAUCUAUCGCUGACCGUGGCAUAGAUAGCCAUGGCUCAUUGGAUACAGAUAUUCCUUUUCAUGGACUCCGUCUCGGGGCUACUGUGUUAGCGAUGUAAUAAUAUUUAUUGAUUCUCCACCGUACUUUUGUGCCCUGCCCUUCUCUUCGAGGCAGCUUCUCGGCCACCUCUGCCCGCUGGCGCUACUUAGAACAUAAUGCAAUUGCAAAUUUUAUUCUCCGCAAUUCCUCUUUACACCAGCCCUUCUCCCUCCCUACCCU